GUUUUUUUAAAUAUAUUUGCAGAAUACCGAAGAGUUGAACCUGAGAGCUCACUCACUCCCUGGCUCUCUCUUCAACAACGCAACUCUCUCUCUUCUCAAGAAUAGAAUCUCAGGUGGAUAUACUUCUUUCAGAUCCAGGGUGCCAAGGAAAGUUAGAAGCUUUUGUUUAAAAUUUUGUGUUCUUGAGAGAAAAUAAUGGAAGACAUACAGUCUCAGUCAGAUCUCUACCGUUCAUCUUCAUCUUCUGCAAGUAGUCCUACUAGUAGAGUCCCAUCUAGCCACUUCUUCUACGUAAGAAAACCUGGCUCUCUCACACAACCUAUAUCCUUUGAAGACUCUCCUGAGUGGGAAGACACUGAUGACGCUGAUGUAAGAAUGGAUGAAGAAGCUAAUAUUGGUGGUGGUGGGGACUCUAUUAACGAUGCCACAGCUACUCCCAUUUCUCCUUCUUUGUCGAAAAUCAACAGCGGUUCGAUGACUUCUCCUCCAGUAGUGCCUGAAGGAGGAGGGGGGAAUGCGGUUAGGAAAAUCGCAGGUGCUUCCAUUGCUUGGAAAAAUUUGACUGUUACUAUGAAAGGGAAGAAAAGAUAUUCUGAUAAAGUGGUAAAGAGCUCUAACGGCUAUGUGCUUCCCGGUACUAUGACAGUUAUUAUGGGUCCUGCCAAGUCCGGGAAGUCUACUCUAUUGAGAGCACUUGCUGGUAAUAAUGCCAUAAGUAUUACUUCACUAAGGAUUCUUGUUUAUCAUGUUUUCAUUUUUUUUUACUAAUCUAGUCUUUUUAUAGGAAGACUAGAGUCGGUGUCCGCGCUUCGCGCGGAUAACAUGUUUAAUUAAGUAACAAAAUUAUCCAGAUUUAA